AUGGUGAACAAAGGGGAUAAACUAGUAAGCCUGCAGAAGGAUUCUCCACAGAAAGAGAAGCAAACUACUGAACUUAAAUCGAUAAGGCCGCCUUUACAAUUCACUCAAAGGUCUCCAAUACCAACAGACAAUGAAGACUGCAACGAAGUAGAGAAAUUUGAAAAAAUGAAACUCGCUGAAUUGAAAGAAGUUGCAAAGUCUAAUGGAAUCAAGGGUUACUCAAAACUGAAAAAGAUUGAUCUUGUGGAGCUCCUCACUUGCAAUGGAAAAAGUACGGUGAACAAAGGGGAUAAAUUAGUAAGCCUGCAGAAGGAUUCUCCACAGAAAGAGAAGGAAACUACUGAACUUAAAUCGAUAAGGCCGCCUUCACAAUUCACUCGAAGGUCUCCAACAACAGACAAUUCAGAAGAUAGCAACGAAGUAGAGAAAUUUGAAAAAAUGAAACUCGCUGAAUUGAAAGAAGUUGCAAAGUCUAAUGGAAUCAAGGGUUACUCAAAACUGAAAAAGAUUGAGCUUGUGGAGCUCCUUACUAGCAAUGGUGUUUGA